GUGGAUUUCAAAAUUGAAACAUUUUUGAAAAUGGGAAAUAAGUCAUGCAAAUAUGCAACCGGCAGUGACGGAGAAGAGAAGGACACUAGGAUUUACAGGAGCAUUAACUCCCCAGAAGGACUCCUCUGCUGUCUCCCUGAUAGCAAGCUUAACUUGAGAAGUAUGUUCUUCAAGUCAUGCAACCAAUAUGCUGGCAAGAAUUUUCUAGGCAAACGACAUUCUGAAAAGCAUAAAUAUGCAUGGAUGACUUAUGAAGAAGCACUUUGUUAUUCAGAAGAUCUUGCCAAGUCAAUUAUCGAGAGAGAGCUCUUUACAAAGACUGAUGAAGGCCUCAGGCUCUUUGGAAUCUGUAGCCAAAGUUGCCCUGAAACUACCUUACUUGACUUUGCAUGCUUACAGGCUGAAAUCACCUCAGUCAGUAUUGACUAUGGGCUCUGUGACAUAAAGGAUAGUGAUGAGGAGAGUUUCCAGAUGCAGACCAAUUCUAAAGUUGAAAAGUUCAAAACUAUUGUUGAUACAUCCAAUAUUAAUACUCUGUUCGGCUCUCUUCAGGUUCUUAAGACCGUUAUGAGACUUAAGAAGAAAGAUCAGCUAAAUUCACUUAAGAGCUUUAUCUGUUUUGACGAAAUCAAAGAAGAACUAGAAAAAGAGUGCAAAGACAUUGAUGGUUUUGAGGUGUAUAAUCUCAACUCAGUGAUAAAUUAUGGAAGAGAACUUCCUGUCGACAUCCCAAAACCACAGAUAGAUUCCACUUUCACUAUUAUAUUUGACUCUGAAGCGAAAGUAGGAUCCCAAAUUACCCAUCAGAUGAUGUGUGGGCCUAUAGGAUCAAUGGCAAGAAGGGGAUUGAUCCUUGAGAACUCUGAUAUUUAUUUCUCAUAUCUUCCUGUCACCUCAAUUUUAGACAGAGUAUGAAUUAUGGCUACAACUUAUGUAGGAGGGAGCAUUGGGUACUCUAGCGGAAACAUCAAUGACCUCAGCUUGGAUAUGCAGGCGCUGAAGCCUACUCAUUUCUACUGCUCAUCAAAGCUCCUACUAAAAUUUUACAAGAAAAUCCAAGCUUCGAUCAGUAAGAAGAACAGAAUAAUGCUGAGAGCAGUCAAGUGGGCUCUCAGUUCAAAGUCAGAAUCUCUGAAAACCUCUUCAUCGGUUGAUAACAGAAUGUAUGAUAGGACUGUCCUGAAGCCACUUAAAAGAAGUGUAUUAGGGACUGGCAUGAAACACAUCUUAGUAGGUGGGGAUUACAUUUCCCAAGAAAUCCUUGAUUUCAUCAGAAUUUCCUGCAGCACUAAGAUUUGGGAAGCCUACACCCACAAACAAGCUGCUGGGAUCAUCAGCCUUGCAUCAGCAGAUGACAUCAUCAAGGACCAUGUUGGAGGAGUCCUUGAACAUCUUGAGAUGAAGUUAGAGUACGUUGAAAGAAAAGAUUGCCCUGAAUUCACCUGUGAUGAAGAUCCUCCCACAGUCGGAAGGAUUUUCAUCAAAGGGCCUGGAGUGGUAAAAAAUUAUCUAGGAAGUACAGCAAAACUGGAAGAGAACGAAUACUGGAUCGACACAGGAGAUGUUGCUUAUGUCUCUUCUGCAGGAGCCAUCAGGCUCUUAUCAAAUCAGAGAUCCAAAAUAGUCCUGGCCAAUGGUGAGAUAGUCGACCCCGUCAGGCUAGAAUCCUUGUAUAGCGAAUUAGAGAUUAUCCAAGAUGUCAAGAUCCAGCCUGAUACUGGUAAUAGCUACUUAAAAGCCUUGGUUUACCCGAACAAGUACUACAAUCCGAAAAAAAAUGAGAUAGAAGAAGAUAAAGAAAUUGCCACAGGAAGUGAGCCCCUUGCAAAAGAUGAGGAAGAAGAGAAAGAGCCUAUUGAAGAUAAGGAAGAUGAAAGCGAGGAGAUCUACUUCGAAGCCACCAAGGAUGACAUUGUUAUUGAUAAAGAUUCUGUGAAAGUUGAAGAUGUCAUGAGUGCAUUCAAGGAAGUAGUCAGAAAGCACAAACUUCCUCCUUAUGAAGAGAUCAGUGAUGUUACAAUGGCAUAUGAAGAAUUCGGAAUCAAGAAUGGCUUGUUGUCUACGUCCUUGAAAAUUGUGAGAUAGUUAAAGGAAUGAUAAUUCAUCAGAAAAAUUCAACUA